CUCCCAUCCCUCUUCUCCUCCCUCCUCUUUUCACAACACCACCACCCCCACCCACCCACCUGUCUUACCCCUAGUGAAGAAGGCAUUAUUUUCACCAAACAAGUCUUGAGGCGGCACAAUGAGCAGUAAGGUUUUUAUUCUCAAGUCUAGGGACGGGAAACCCCUCAAAUUAGACACCGCUGCCGACAUUGAACCGCAUAUCGCUUCCCUCGAGGGCAAUGAGACGGUGGAGGAAAUCCGACUCUGCGGCCACACAUUUGGAAUCAAAGCCUGCAAGGCACUCGCAGAGGUCCUGAAAACAAACAAGAAUCUGCAGGUCUUCAACGCAGCCGACAUCUUUACCGGCCGCCUUAUCUCUGAGAUUCCGGACGCACUUUCAGCGCUACUGACAGCGCUCUUGACCCUUGAGCAUUUGCAUACCGUCGAUCUCUCAGACAACGCCUUCGGGGGCCGUCUUGCCGAUACUCUGGGAGAUUUUUACGCCCGGGCCGGUCCAUUACGGCACUUGUUGCUGAACAACAAUGGUCUCGGUCCUGCAGGUGGCAUCAUAGUCGCCAACUCGAUUCGUCAACUCGCAGUUCUCAAAGCCUCGACCCCGGCAUACCCUCCCCUUGAAACCAUCGUUUGCGGUCGUAACCGCCUCGAGAAUGGGUCCAUGGCGGCAUGGGCAGAGGCUUACGCCGCGCAUAAGUCGCUGAGGACAGUCAAGAUGGUGCAGAACGGUAUCCGACAGGAGGGCAUCAGCGCGCUCUUGAGAGAUGGCCUUUCGAAGAACCACGGGCUACAGACUUUGGACUUGCAGGACAAUACGUUCACAGCAGCAGGGGCCUAUGCAUUGGCAGCCGUUGUAACGAACUGGAGUGACCUACUAGAGCUAGGGGUUGGAGAUUGUCUACUCUCUGCCCGGGGAGGAGUAUUGCUAGGGGAGGCACUAGGACUAGGGAAAAAUAAAGCGCUCAAAACUAUUAGACUUCAGUAUAAUGAAAUCGACGUUAAAGGUGUUGAAGCUAUCAAAAGGGCUAUCAACCCUUCUCUCCCGAAACUUCAACGGUUAGAGCUUAAUGGAAACAAGUUCUCGGAGGAUGAGUUAGUCGUCGAACAAAUGCGAGAAAUCUUUGGAGAUAGAGGAUUCGGCGAACUAGAUUCCCUUAGCGAUAUGGAGGAGGAAACCGACGAGGAGGACGAGGAGGACGAGAGCGAUGAGGGCGAAGACGUCGUCAAACAGGCCGAGGAAGCAGAGGACGCAAAGGUCCCACAGGAAAAGGACAAGAAAGUCGAUGCCCUCGCGGACUUACUCGAUGGAGCAAAGAUUGCAUAAACAAAAAAAAAAAAAAGGUUGCACCCGAAUCUCGUAUGAAUACUAGGUUGAGGCAAAAUUUCCUCUUUCUCGUGUCAUCGGGGUGGGCACGGACGGGGGAAGAUGGUGUUCGUGUUUUGUCUUGUCCACCUUUCUCUCCUUAAUUCCCUACUGUAUCCCAAUAAAGCCGGAUGGCGUUCUUUGUUACUCAAUCAUUGAUCCUUCCUUUCUUCCCUUCCUGUGUUUACUGGUUGUUUUAGAAUACACUCAUCCCUGUCAGUAUGAUAUCCCUCUAUACUAUUUUAUGUAACGUAACGUCUUCAAUUCCUAGCCAGUUUUGUGGCUGGGUACACAGUGAACCGCCGCCGUUGUUUGACAUGUGGGGAGUCGAUAAUAUGGAUGUGCGAAGAUAGCUACAGAAUAUACCGUAGUGGUCUACACCA